CGAAGAGAGAAACAAAGAUUUUAUUAAUUAAUAAGAACGUCGUGUGUUCGUGCAACAAGACAAACAAAUUGACGUUUAUGCUCCGUCUCUCUCCUUUUCUAUCUCUCUAUAUUCAACAUCAAAUCGUUUUCACUUUUCAGAGAUAAUUUCUCUUACCAUCAAAACCAGAUCCUUUAGUCGCUGUUGAUCGGAUAGCAUUAAAGAGACAGAAUUUCUAGAUCUUGAACAAGGAUUCGCAUAUGCAACUGAAAACAAGAAAGAAUAGAAAGGCUGUCCGAGUCAAUCUACUCUGUCUAACUCCUUUCAUAAAUCCUUUCAGGCCCAUUAUGGCGAACAAGUUCAAUUCGUCCGACAGUAGGACAAGAAGCUCCGUCUCUAUAUUCAUAGUAGCCGGCCUCUGCUGUUUCUUCUACCUACUCGGAGCAUGGCAGAGGAGUGGCUUUGGAAAAGGGGACAGUAUAGCAUUAGAGAUGACCAAAAGUGGAGAAAACUGCAACAUCCUCCCCAACCUCAACUUCGAGACCCACCAUAGUGGGGAGGCCGGAAUAAUUGACGAUUCAGAUUCAGAAGCUAAAGUUUACGAGCCGUGCCAUACUCAGUUCACUGACUACACGCCAUGCCAAGACCAGGGUCGUGCCAUGACUUUCCCGAGGGAGAAUAUGAUAUACCGUGAGAGGCACUGCCCACCACAGGGGGAAAAGCUGCACUGUCUUAUUCCGGCUCCGGAAGGUUAUGUGACUCCAUUCCGGUGGCCAAAGAGUCGGGAUUAUGUGCCCUAUGCCAAUGCUCCCUAUAAGAGCUUGACAGUCGAGAAGGCUAUUCAGAACUGGAUCCAGUAUGAGGGAAACGUGUUCAGGUUCCCUGGUGGAGGUACUCAGUUUCCUCAGGGGGCCGAUAAGUACAUUGAUCAGCUUGCCUCAGUUGUGCCGAUUGAGAAUGGGACUGUUAGGACGGCUCUGGACACUGGUUGUGGGGUGGCUAGCUGGGGUGCGUAUCUGUGGAAAAGAAAUGUCAUAGCUAUGUCUUUUGCGCCAAGAGAUUCACAUGAAGCCCAGGUUCAGUUUGCACUUGAAAGGGGUGUACCUGCUGUCAUUGGUGUUUUCGGCACUAUAAAAUUGCCUUACCCAUCUAGGGCCUUUGACAUGGCUCACUGCUCGCGUUGUCUCAUUCCUUGGGGGAUAAAUGAUGGACUAUAUAUGAAGGAAGUUGAUCGUGUGCUUAGACCUGGGGGCUAUUGGGUGCUUUCGGGCCCUCCCAUCAACUGGAAGACCAACUACAAGGCAUGGCAACGCCCAAUGGAGGAACUUCAGGAAGAACAAAGGAAGAUUGAAGAGGCUGCUAAACUCCUGUGCUGGGAGAAAAAGUCCGAGAAAGGUGAAAUUGCUAUUUGGCAGAAGACAAUAGAUUCGGCUGCAUGUCGUGCCAAGCAAGAGAACUCAGGCGUUUCAUUUUGUAAAUCUGAAGAUGCGGAUGAUGUCUGGUACAAGAAACUGGAGCAAUGUAUUACUCCAUACGACAAUGCUAACGAUGAUGAUCUCAAACCAUUCCCCGAAAGGCUUUAUGCUGUUCCCCCAAGAGUCGCUAGUGGCUUGGUUCCUGGAGUUUCUGUGGAAGCAUACCAGGAGGACAAUAAGCAGUGGAAAAAACAUGUCAGCGCAUACAAAAAGAUCAACCAGAUUCUUGAUUCCGGAAGGUACCGGAAUAUUAUGGAUAUGAAUGCUGGAUUGGGUGGUUUUGCUGCCGCACUUCAAUCUCCAAAGUUGUGGGUUAUGAAUGUUGUGCCCACCAUUGCAAAGAAAAACACCAUUGGUGUUAUUUAUGAACGAGGGUUGAUUGGUAUAUACCAUGACUGGUGUGAAGCUUUCUCCACAUACCCUAGGACAUAUGACCUCAUUCAUGCUAAUGGCGUCUUUAGCUUGUACAAGGACAAGUGUGAAUUUGAAGACAUUUUAUUAGAGAUGGACCGUAUUCUACGGCCAGAGGGAGCAGUGAUAUUGAGGGAUGAGGUUGAUGUGCUCGUGAAGGUGAAGAAGAUGAUUAGUGGUAUGAGAUGGGAUUCUAAACUGAUGGAUCAUGAAGACGGUCCUCUUGUUCCUGAGAAAAUACUUAUUGCUGUUAAGCAGUAUUGGGUGGGAAACUCCACUUCUUCCCACUGAACUGCCAAACAAAACAAAAAGAGAGAGAAAAUGGAAAAAAGGUACCUGACUUAUUGAUUCAUAUGAAUUAUUGAUGUGGGAUAUAGAUUAUUGUAACUUUCCAAGAUUUGGGUUAUACUGUCUGGAGAGUUCUGUUGGCCCGAAAAUUUUGGGGAUUCGGCGUUUUUUGGGCUAGAUUAUUAUGCAUAUUUCUAACUGAGGGUUAGAGUCGGGUAAAUUAUAAGAUUUGUACUGUACUUGUAACACUUGACGCUAUUUUAUUCCUUUUUUCUUUGAUAUCCUAUUCAAAAAGGUUAAUUUCCAUUUCCCUUAAUAAUUUCAAGGUGGUCUUUUGCAUAUGCUCAUUUUCAAUGUUGCUAGUUCUUGCUUUGUGGAAGUGUUUUAGCCUGACCAACACAGAACUUGUUGAAAUUUGGAAUUUAUCUAUUUGUGUUGCUAUUAUUUGAUUGAGUACUGUCACCGUGUCACG